GAGCAGCUGGAUUCAGCCAUGUGAAAUGAGGCAGACUAGAGGGCAGUGUGUCCACCCAAAUCAAUAAAACUAAAUGCAAACACUUUAUUAAACGAAUACUCAAAGCAACAAAAUUUAAUUCGAAUCUUUUUUUUCUAAUCGAAUACUCGAGUUAAUCGAUUAAUCGUUGCAGCUCUAGUCUCAAUGCCCGACAAGAGAUGAAGACUAUGGAUAUAAAAUAGUCAUUGCUUGGUGUCCCUUAAAAACUAAGUUGAAGUCAAGAUUUAUUAUGAUUGCUAUAAAAACUGAACCAUAUAUACGACCAGAUGGGGUAUGCAAAGAUGUAAAACAUUUCAAUUUUCAACAGUGCCUUGCGGGCAUUUCCGUGAAGUUAAGAGAUUCUUUAAUCCCUUUUCUGGUAGAAAUUGACAUUUUCACUGUUGAUGGAUAUUCUCUGAACUCUUGGGAAAUUUGAUUGGUUUUACUGCAACAUGUUUUGGAUUGGCACAUUCCCCUGGGUAUGUGUCAAGGUCAUACUGUUGAGUGUCUACUGUGUUGACAUGGUGCACCAGAGGUAUUUUUAUGAUGUGCUUUAUCAUCUCAUUCCUGUGUAUCGGUUAGAUUUCAUCAGCUCCUUCUCACUGGAAGCAGGCCAAUAGAUAAGAGAGGCUGGCAAUUUUCUAUGAGUAAAGAAAAAAGAAUUUAAAAAAAACACAACUCUAUGUGUCAUCAUCAUACCAGAUAUUAGUAGUUAAUUUUACAAUAAGGUGAACUCCAGACUUGUCUCCCAUUGGUCAUGGCGCAACAAGGUAAGGCCCUGGCCCUCCUCCCCUCUGAAAUCGGACACCAAUGACAUCACACAGUGGGUUUGGCUUCUCCCUUGCCAGUGCUGAGCACCCUUUUCCCUCAGUGUAUGAACAAGCUCUCCUCACUGAAGGAUCGUUCCUAAACUCGACACCGCUCGGUUGCUGGAAUUUUCACACUGGGAAGAAGACCGCUUUCUUCUGCUUCCCCUCUUUUGUGGAAUAAUAGAAGAGUGCCUCGAAGAAUAAUUUGAGGGAUAAUCAUUUCUCGGAUACCAUUGGAUUGCCUUUCCUGGGAUUAGAGCAUAUUUCCUUCUGGAAUAAGCGCCUAAAAGUGAAAAGGAAUAAAAAAGAUUGACUCAUAAUCAACAUGAAUGGGUUUUAACCUUUGAUCGUGUCAGAGCGGGACGCGUCCAAGCAGGGGGAAGUCGACCGAGGGCGGGAGCAGCAGCAGCAGUGCCAACUUUGAGACAUGGCGCCCCCCGCAAGCAGAGGGGCGUAUCUUGUCUUGCCCCUGCUCCUCAGCUGCGCCGUGAUCACCUCUGUAGCAGACAGCCUGCCAAGUUUCAUCAAAUCCCCUGAGGACCAGACUGGAAUCUCUGGUGGCGUCGUGUCCUUUGUGUGCCAGGCCAUCGGCGAGCCCAAACCGAGAAUCACCUGGAUGAAGAAGGGCAAAAAAGUCAGCUCGCAACGCUUUGAGGUGAUCGAGUUUGACGACGGCUCGGGGUCCGUGCUGCGCAUCCAGCCACUGCGCACGCACCGCGAUGAGGCCAUUUACGAGUGCACGGCGACCAACAGCGCCGGCGAGAUCAACACCAGCGCUAAGCUGACCGUGUUUGAAGAGAACCAAAUCCCCCAUGGCUUCCCUACCAUCGACAUGGGCCCACAGCUGAAGGUGGUGGAGCGCACCAGGACCGCCACUAUGUUGUGUGCAGCCAGCGGAAACCCCGAUCCGGAGAUCACCUGGUUCAAGGAUAUGCUGCCUGUAGAUAUUGGCAGCAGCAACGGGCGUAUCAGACAGCUACACUCAGGAGCUCUACAAAUUGAGAACAGCGAGGAGUCUGACCAGGGCAAAUAUGAAUGCAUCGCCACCAACAGUGCCGGAACCCGUUACUCUGCUCCCGCCAACCUCUACGUACGAGUACGCAGAGUCCCACCCAGGUUUUCGAUCCCGCCCACCAACCAGGAAGUGAUGCCCGGCGGCAGCGUCAACUUGACAUGUGUGGCCGUGGGCUCGCCUAUGCCAUAUGUUAAGUGGAUGAUGGGGCUGAAAGAACUGACCCGUGAGGAGGAGAUGCCCAUGGGACGUAACGUGCUGGAAGUCACCAACAUCCGCGAGUCGGGCAACUACACCUGCGUGGCCAUGUCUUCGCUUGGCAUGAUCGAAGCCACAGCACAAGUCACUGUCAAAGCCCUACCAAAGCCCCCAACUGCUCUCAUGGUGACCGAGAGAACAGCCACCAGUGUGACGCUGACUUGGGACUCUGGAAACCCUGAACCUGUGUCCUAUUACAUGAUCCAGUAUCGGGCCAAGACUUCAGACCACGGCUUUCAGGAAGUAGAGGGUGUCGCCACCACCCGCUACAGCAUAGGUGGCCUCAGCCCCUACUCCGAGUACGAGUUCCGUGUCAUGGCCGUCAACAACAUUGGCCGCGGGGCGCCGAGCGAGCCGGUGACAACACGCACGGGCGAGCAGGCCCCGUCUUCGCCGCCGCUGCAUGUGCAAGCGCGAAUGUUGAGCGCUACCACCAUGUUGGUCCAGUGGGACCCGCCCGAGGAGCCCAAUGGACACAUCCGAGGCUUUCGUAUCUACUACAGCUCGGACCACACAGCGCCGCUCAGUGCUUGGCACAAGCACAACACUGACGACAGCCGUUUGACAACCAUCUCUGGACUGACGCCUGACAUCACCUACAGCCUCAGGGUGCUGGGCUUCACCUCGGUUGGGGACGGCCCGCCCUCUGAAGUCCUUCAGGUUAAAACCCAGCAGGGAGUCCCAUCCCAACCGUCAGGCUUUGAAGCUGAAACUGAGCUGGACACCCGUGUCUUGCUGUCAUGGCUGUGGCCCCUCCAGGACCCCAUCAUUAAGUACGAGCUGCAGUACUGGGAGGCUGGUACGGACAACAAGAUUCACGUGACCUUCGAUCCUGCCGGUUCUUACGCAGUGGACGGCCUCAAGCCCGACACAGUCUAUCGCUUUUCCCUGGCUGCUCGCUCCGAGAUGGGCUUAGGCGUCUACACCCAGGCCAUUGAGGCUCGCACUGCCCAGUCCACCCCCUCGGCUCCCCCCCAGGAUGUGCACCUGUUCAGUCUCAGCUCCACUAGCCUCAAGGUGAGUUGGGCAGCACCGCCAGCCGGCCGGCGCCACGGCGUCAUCAUCAGCUACACAGUCAGCUACCAAGCGCUUACUGGCGAGGACACGGACCGCCAUGAGGUGAGCGGCAUCGGCGCCGCCGCCUCCUUCUACGUCAUCCAAGAUCUGGAGCGCUGGACCGAGUAUCAGGUGUGGGUGCGCGCCCACACCAAGGCAGGCCCGGGCCCUGAGAGUGCCCCGGUGAGGAUGAAAACUCAGCCGGAUGUGCCUGGCGCACCGCCCCGGAAACUAGAGGCCGAGGCGGUCAACUCCACGGCCAUCCGCGUGACUUGGAAGCCGCCACUGCAGAGUAAGCAGCAUGGCCAGAUCCGAGGCUACCAGGUGGCUUACACGCUGGUGGAAAAUGGCGAGCCGCGCGGACAGCCCAACAUCCUGGACGUUGUCUUGGCAGAGGAACAGUUCAAUAUAACGGAGUUCACCGAGCAUGAGGCCUACAUCACCGGACUGCAGUCUGAGACCACCUACUCAAUUGCUGUUGCGGCAUACACCACCAGGGGAGAUGGACCUCGGUGCAAACCUAAGUUGGUCACGACCACUGGAGCAGUUCCAGGCAAGCCCACCAUGAUGAUCAGCGCCACCAUGGGUAACACGGCACUUAUCCAGUGGCAGCCCCCCAAAGACAUGGUGGGGGAGCUGAUGGGCUACCAGCUGCAGUACAAGCGCACCGACGAUGACACAUUCACAUCGCGUGAGCUACGCAGCACCGAUGACCACUACACAGUGACGGGCCUGCACAAGGGCGCCACCUACAUCUUCCGCCUCAGUGCUCGCAACCGCGCCGGUGUGGGCGAGGCAUACACCAAAGAAAUUGGCACUCCCGAGGAUGUUCCUUCAGGCUUCCCAUUGAACUUGCAAGUGACUGGUCUCACCCAGUCCAGUACCCAACUGACAUGGGACCCGCCCCUGCUGGCAGAACGUAAUGGCAAGAUUGUCUACUACGUGGUGAUCUACCGGGAUAUUAACAGCCAACAGAACAGUACCAACCGCACGGCUGACACACGCAUGACCAUCAUUGGGCUGAACCCUGACACUACCUACGACAUACGGGUACAGGCACACACCAGCAAGGGUGCAGGACCCCUUAGCCCGAGCAUCCAGAGCAGGACCAUGUCUAAUGACUUUCCCACUUUGAACUUUGGCGUCAAAGCAGUCAUGAAGACGUCGGUGCUCCUCACCUGGGACUUGCCGCCGAACUAUAAGUCCCAAGUGCCUUUUAAGAUCCUGUACAACCAGCAGAGCGUAGAGGUGCAGGGCAACCUAAAGCGGAAGCUGAUCACACAGUUGCAGCCUGACACUGACUACUCCUUCGUGCUGACAAGCCGCGGCAACAUCGCCGGGGGUCUGCAGCAGCAGGUGUCUAUCCGCACCGCCCCCGACCUCAUCAAGACCAAACCCCUGUACAGCACCCAACAGGCGCAGGGUGGCGUGAUGACCAUUAGCCUGCCCAAGGUGCAGACCACCACUCGCAUCAGGUGGUACUACAUCGUGGUUAUGCCGGCAUCCCAAACGAGCCGGCGCUGGAAGAAUCCAGACGAGAUGGACCUGGACGAGCUGCUUAAAUCGAGCGAAGGUCCAGCUCUAAGGCGGCGGCGUCACCUGGACUCGUCCAAGCCGUACAUAGCCGCCAAGCUGGCCUCACUGCCGCCAGCCUUUACGCUGGGUGAUGAAAAGCGCUACAAUGGCUUCUACAACAAACCUCUGACCAGCGGGCAGGAGUAUGUCUGCUUCGUGCUGGCCGCCCUGCGAUACGAAGGAACAGACAGCACCUCCAAUUAUAUGACAUUUUCAGCCAGCCCCUAUUCGGACCUCAUCCAGGUCACCACGCAGUCAAUGGCUCAAGGGACGGAACAGACGGAAAUGCUCUGGGUAAUGGGACCCGUGUUUGCUGUGGUGCUCAUCAUCAGUGUCGUCAUUGCCAUCCUGCUUUUCAAGAAGAAGCGGGCGUCACCACUGCCCAAGGAUGAACACUCGGGCGGAGUGAAAGACUCCCUGCUGGCCAACUCCUCCGACCCUGUAGAGAUGAGACGACUCAACUACCAGACACCAGGGAUGCGAGAGCACCCGCCCAUUCCCGUUGCCGGCCUGGCCGAUCACAUCGAGCAUCUCAAGGCCAACGACGGCCUGCGCUUUUCUCAGGAGUACGAGUCGAUUGAUCCGGGCCAGCAAUUCACCUGGGAAAACUCCAACAUGGAAGUGAACAAGCCAAAGAACCGCUACGCCAACGUAAUCGCCUACGACCUUUCCAGAGUGGUGCUGACUUCUGUCGACGCUGUGCCGGGAAGCGACUACAUCAACGCCAACUACAUCGACGGCUACAGGAAGCAAAACGCCUACAUCGCCACGCAGGGACCGCUUCCUGAGACGCUAAGCGACUUCUGGAGGAUGGUGUGGGAGCAGCGUUCCAGCACUAUUGUCAUGAUGACACGACUAGAAGAGAAAUCUAGGGUGAAGUGUGACCAAUACUGGCCGGCGCGAGGAACCGAGACCUACGGCAUGAUUCAGGUCACCAUGCUGGACACGGUGGAGUUGGCCACCUACAGCGUCCGCACUUUUGCACUCUACAAGAAUGGUUCCAGUGAGAAGAGAGAGCUUCGCCAGUUCCAAUUUAUGGCCUGGCCUGACCACGGCGUGCCCGAGUACCCCACUCCCAUUUUGGCCUUCCUGAGACGCGUCAAGGCAUGCAAUCCUCCAGAUGCUGGACCCAUGGUGGUGCACUGCAGCGCGGGCGUGGGACGGACCGGCUGCUUCAUUGUGAUCGACGCCAUGCUGGAGCGCAUGAAGCAUGAGAAGUCUGUGGACAUCUAUGGCCACGUGACAUGCAUGCGAGCUCAGCGCAACUACAUGGUACAAACUGAGGACCAGUACAUCUUCAUCCACGAGGCGUUGCUGGAGGCAGCCACAUGCGGCAACACAGAGGUGCCGGCGCGCAACCUCUACGCGCACAUUCAAAAGCUGACGCAGCCGCCGACUGGCGAGACGGUCACCGCCAUGGAGCUGGAGUUCAAGCGGCUGGCCAAUUCCAAGGCCCACACGUCCCGCUUCAUCAGCGCCAACCUGCCAUGCAACAAGUUCAAGAACCGCCUAGUGAACAUCAUGCCUUUUGAGUCCACGCGCGUCUGCCUGCAGCCCAUCCGCGGCGUGGAGGGCUCUGACUACAUCAACGCCAGCUGCAUUGACGGAUACAGACAACAGAAGGCCUACCUGGCCACGCAGGGCCCGCUAGCCGAGACCACCGAGGACUUCUGGAGAAUGUUGUGGGAGCAUAACUCCACCAUCGUCGUCAUGCUUACCAAGCUGCGAGAGAUGGGACGGGAGAAGUGUCACCAGUAUUGGCCCGCCGAACGCUCGGCCCGCUACCAGUACUUUGUGGUGGACCCAAUGGCCGAGUACAACAUGCCCCAGUACAUCCUGAGAGAAUUCAAGGUCACGGAUGCCCGCGACGGACAGUCCCGAACCAUCCGCCAGUUCCAGUUCACCGAUUGGCCCGAGCAAGGGGUGCCCAAGACUGGAGAGGGCUUCAUCGACUUCAUCGGUCAAGUGCACAAGACCAAGGAGCAGUUCGGACAGGACGGACCAAUCACCGUGCACUGCAGUGCUGGGGUGGGCCGUACCGGAGUCUUCAUCACACUCAGCAUCGUGCUGGAGAGGAUGAGGUACGAAGGUGUGGUGGACCUUUUCCAGACCGUGAAAACUCUUCGCACCCAGCGACCUGCCAUGGUGCAGACCGAGGACCAGUACCAGCUUUGCUAUCGGGCAGCUCUGGAGUACCUUGGGAGCUUCGACCACUAUGCAACGUAACCGCAGGUGCCGAGGUCGGACCCUCUCAGGAGUGUGCCAAGUGUCCCAUCUCAGCCACCAUAUGCCCCGAGAAGAAGGAAAAAAAAAAAAAAACACCACCCAACCCUGUCACUGUGGGGGAGGCACAAAAGGCAAAACCAACUAUGUGACUUUUUUUGUGCUUUUAAGUCCUGUACAGUCAGCAGCGCCACCUGUCUCCCCUAUACCGGUACCUCCACUCAUUUUUUCAUUUAUUGUUUAGUCUACUUUUUUAAUCCCUUUUUUGUUUAACAUUGUGUCUUAACCAGGCUUUUGUUUUCAUAAUUGCUACUUUUUAAUUUUUUUUUUUUAUAUUAUUGUUUUAAAAAGGGGUACUUAUUAGCACAAAGAUGCUAGAUGCUAAACCUGCGGGCCAGCUGCUUGUUUGCGUUGUUGUCGCACGCUCGGGAUUUAGUUGGGACAACGACAGCGAAAAAAAAAGAUAACGACAAGAAAAAAAAAACUGCCUUUUCACUCGCUAUUUCCUCGAGGACGAGCACAAAGCGGCUAAUGCUGAGCUAAUGCUAGGCUAAGCCAAGAGACAACAACAGUGUGUAUACAGGAAAGCAAAGCACACAACUAUGUGUUUUUCUGCAAAAAGGCCUUUGUACAGAAUGGACCAUUCCUCCCAGAUGUGACACACACUUGAUUUUAUUUUAUACAGAAAUAGAACUAUAAAUAUAUAUAUAUAUAUAUGAUUAUAUAUAUGUACAAUGACGCAUAGGUGUACACACAGCUUAUCUUGUUCUUGAGAGAUGCCGUUUGCCGUAUCUACUGUUCUACCUUCUACAAAAAACGAAAAUGGACAAAUAAUGCAGCACAACCCCCAGGCCGUCGCCACACAGACAAACACACACACUCUGACAAGAUGGCCGCCACAAGCGCCUACACUUAAAGUGGCGGCGGCGGGUUUAGAAGUUGGGGGGCUACCGUGUUCAUUUUGAAAUCUUGUGAUUACAUUGUGCUGUAGGGGUUCCACCUGUUGUACACACACCCGCACACAGAAGCGCGUCUGUUUUUCUAUUUGUUAAUAAAGAACUGGAAUUUCAAAAGAGAACAUGUUAACGAAUGAACAAGUUGUAUAAAAAAAAGAAAAAAAACAAAACUUGAUGUUAAUAAAGAUACACAAUUGGGUUUUUGUACAAAAAAAUCUUUGACCUCUGUCGCA